GGUAGAUGUCGCUGUAGUAGCGACGCGAUACAAGCCAAGCCUUGGACGGGGAACAUUUGCUUCGAGCUCCAUACAUUUUCUUCUGGUUCUCUACGUCUACAGUUUGGUUGUGUACUAGUUCAAAAAUAAUUUCAAAAUUUUUGCCAUCAGUUAUGUUCUCUUGCAGGAAAAAAGUGAAAAUGACGGACAAACCUAAACGCCCCAUGUCAGCUUAUAUGCUGUGGCUGAACAGUGCCCGGGAACAGAUCAAGGCCGACAACCCUGGCCUGAAAGUCACCGAAAUCGCCAAAAAGGGGGGUGAAAUAUGGAGGGGAAUGAAGGACAAGAGUGUAUGGGAGGAGAAGGCGGCAAAAGCCAAGGAACAGUACACAAAGGACCUAGAGUCAUAUAACGCGAACGGCGGUGGAGCCGAGGGUGGCGGCAAGAAGGCGCAGAAGCGAGGAAAGAAGGGAAAGAAGGCGCCGGCAACCAAAGCCAAAAAGAAGAAGGAAGAGUCUGAGGAUGAUGAAGGCGAGGAGGAGGAGGAAGAAGAAAGCGAAUGAUCUCCAGGCCCUGAAAACUCUGUUCAUAAUGAAUAUUUUACUCGGACUUAAUUUAUUGCAAGCGGGACACACUUUCCAAAAUCUGUACCACAUUAUUUUUAGACAGAGUUCAAUAAGUUUCAAAAAUAUGAUCAAUUUAUACACUUAUAUUGAGUUUGCAUCUUUAAUGAAAUUAAUUAAUACAUAGAAUCGCUGACAUUUUUACUACUUGAGAUUGUAGUAGUUAGAAGUAAGUGCAAGAGUGCAGAGUUUGGAAAGUUUACCACAGGCUAGGGUCUAGGUUUCUAAGCCUCAAAUAAUGUUUAAGUGUUAGCGUGUAUACAUCAGGGAAUUGUACAGUUAGCCCUCCCUCGUUAAGUUCGCUGUGACUACUGGAUGCUCACACUUGAGAUGUACUUCUGGUUUUAUCAAAACUUGUAUGUCUUCAACAACCUUUUUCUCCAUUUUUUGAAGCUGUGCUUUGAACAUGCCAUAGUUUAAUUUUACAGUGUUAUUUUAAGUGCAUUCGACAUAACAGUUUUGGUCAAACUACACCAUGUAAAAUUAGAGAAGAUUCAUGUAAGGAUUGCGAAGGCUUAUUGUUAAUUAAACCUACCUCUUCUCAUUGUAAAUUUCAAUGCUGAUAAUGGUACCAAACUUAGCUAAGAACAGACUACAUGGUUUUAGCCAUGUUGGACAAUUAAAUAAUUUUAAGAAAUUGAUGUGUAUGUUGUAUUUUUAGUUAGUUAAAAUAGGUAGGUUUUCGAUGUGAUUUGUCUCUCAAAUUUUACAUUUGUGUUAUUUUGUAAAUGAGAAUUAGCAUUCCUCAUGUCAAUACGGAUUUUACAUGUUCAAUAAAGUAAUUUCAUAUAAAUCUUGAA